CUUUCGGACGAAGCCCCAGGCUGGAUGCCGCGGCCAGAGUGUGACUGGGAACUGCCGCAGCGUUCCCAGCCACAGUGGGCUGGGCAGGGGAUCCGAGGGGCCGUCCCAGGCGACCCUCACACUCCAGAAUCCUGAGAGCAAUCGGGGAGCCUCCGGGCGGGGGUGGUCACGGGGCCACCUCCUGUGAUACAGGACAGUGAACACGGCUCACGUGGAAACAGGGCAGAGGGCGCCUGCGUGGGUCACGCUGCCUGGGCACAGGCUCCGGGCUGCGGGCACUGAGCUGUCCCAGCUGGGGAGCAGCGUGGCUCAGCUCCACAGCAUCCAGGAGACCGGGUGGGGGGAGAAAAAGGGAAAAACAAGGCCAGAGAGAAGGGCCGGAGAGAGGAGGCUGCCUCCAGCCCUUGGUUAGAUGGCUCUCUGAGGGCAGCCUUGUGCUGUGCUGGGGACUCGGCGGCCACCGGGAGGCAGGUGUCCUCCAUGUCCAGGAGGUCAGCGGAGGAGCGAGUGCUGAGUGCCGGGCUAGGGCAGGGAGGGGAGGGUCAGGAUGAUUUCCAGAUUCCACGCCAAGAGCCAAGGUCCUGUCCACUGGACAUGACCUUAAACAGUUCUCCUGGUGUUCCAGUCCAAAAACGGGGGCAGCUGCUGAGGUUACGCUUUACCUUGUUUAUUUGAUCAGUCUCACCUCUUACCAGUUAUGUAGCAAACAGCAUGGGGACAUGGUCAGUACCCAAGCGGGACCGACACGUGGCCCUGAACUUCAGAGCUCCCGGCUGGGAGGGGUGUGGGUGGGCCGAAUGUGGAAGGUGGAGAGGGUGAGGCUGGGGGAGCUGAAUGGGCUGGGCCGGCCCCUUGCAUCCUGAUCUCCUGAUCGGCGCCCUGCUGGGGAGCAUUGAGCGGCAGCUCUGGGUGGGUGAGAGGGAGGGGGCUCUGGAGAGUAGGAGCCCUGGUUUUCAGCGUUCGAUGUGGUGUCCAUGUUCCCAUUGUCCCCAGUGCAGGGCUGGCCUUGGUGAGUUGGCCCAGUGCCACACAGACUCGGCCGAGCCCUCCCCUGCUUGCUCAGAGCCUCAUCUUCCAGAUGCAAGUUGAGCAUCCUGCAAGGGGCCCGGGGGAGGGCCUCCCAUCCUGGUCCCUCGGGCACCAAUCCGGGCUGCAGGCAAUUGUGAAGCCUCAGUUUCCCCUCCAGGAAGUGAAGAUCCGGAUAGUACGGUGCCCUGGCUGUAGUGAGGAUGAAGUGAGACUGCUCGCGCGCAGCUGCCUUCUGUCCUGAUGCCUGUGGCCCUAUCUUCCCCCUGGUUGCCCCAGCUGCACCCUGUGGAAAGAGAGCCUCAGGCCUGGGAGUAACCCCCGUGAUGGCCACCACUGCUUCCCCUCCACCCCUCGCCACAAAGGAUGCUGCUGUGGAGAACAGCAGCUUCUACUAUGACUACGACUACCUGGACUCAGUGGUCUUCCUGGUGUGCACGAAGGACGAGGUCCUGUCCUUCGCCCGUGUCUUCCUGCCAGUGUUCUACAGCCUGGUCUUCAUCCUGGGCCUGGGCGGCAACCUGCUGCUGCUUGUGGUCCUGCUCCGCUAUGUGCCCCGCCGGCGAAUGGCCGAGGUCUACCUGCUGAACCUGGCCAUCUCCAACCUCCUCUUUGUGGUGACCUUGCCCUUCUGGGGCAUCUCCGUGGCCUGGCAUUGGGUCUUUGGCAGUUUCCUGUGCAAGGUGGUGAGCACCCUUUACACCAUCAACUUCUACAGUGGCAUCUUCUUCAUCAGCUGCAUGAGCCUGGACAAGUACCUGGAGAUCGUCCAUGCCCAGCCCCUGCACAGGCUGAGGACCCGGGCCAAGAGCCUGCUCCUUGCUGCCCUGGUGUGGGCCGUGGCACUGGCCAUCUCUGUCCCCGACAUGGUCUUUGUGCAGGUACACGAGCACCCCAAGGGCGUGUGGAGCUGCUACCCAGAUUUUGGGGGCCAUGGGACCACCUGGAAGCUCUUCCUUCGCUUCCAGCAGAACCUGCUAGGUUUCCUCCUUCCCCUCUUGGCCAUGAUCUUCUUCUACACCCGCAUCGGCUGCGUCCUGGUCCGGCUGCAGCCCCGGGGCCAGGGCCGGGCGCUGAGGAUGGCUGCGGCCCUGGUGGUGGCCUUCUUUGCCUUCUGGUUCCCGUACAACCUCACCUUGUUCCUCCACUCGCUGCUGGACCUGCAGGUCUUCGGGGACUGCCAGGCCAGCCGGCGCCUGGACUACACCAUGCAGGUGACCGAGAGCUUGGCCUUCCUCCACUGCUGCUUCACCCCCGUGCUCUAUGCCUUCUCCAGCCGCCGCUUCCGCCAGUACCUGAAGGCUCUGCUGGCCACUGCGCUCAGACGGCGCCUGGCAUCCGGCCCCACCCAGGCCUCGGUGUCCCGGGGGUCUGAGAGCAGCAGGCUCACUGCCCAAGAGGACAUGACCAGCCUGAACGAACUGGCACAGGGGCUGGCCGAGGGCUCCCUGAACCCGGAGGAUGUAGGGAGUCACUAAGGCUGGGCCAGGCCAGCCUGGUGCUGGCAGCGGGUCCAGCUUGCUUGGGCUUCCACACGGAGUGCCUGCCACCAGGGGCCUGGGAACCAGUUCUCAGCCUCCUCCACUUCUUCCCCCACGGGCCCGCCGCACAGGCCGCAGUGGUUUCCCAGCUCACCUCCCCGCACUUUGCACAUCUGUUGCUGGUGCGUGCCAGGCAGCCAGCGGCCAGGGAGUGCGGCACCCUUGGCUGUCAUGCACUGCUCCCCCAGUGACAGCCCAGUCAAUCCUUCGAGGGUUGCUGGGGCACCUGCCCCCAGCCAAGCCCUAUCUCCCUCCUGCCCACGCUGCUGGGAUAUCCUGGCGCAGACUGUUUCUGGGGACCCCAGGCUCGUUCCCUGGGGAUCCCAGCCAUGCUACCGGCCUGAGCUGCUGCCACCAGGAAGAUGAAGUCACACCUGUCCUCCAAGGCCUCGGCUCAGAUCCCCUUCUCCCUCAGACCCCGUGUCUGCCCUGUGGAUGCACGUCUUGCUCCCCCUUCUUUCUCCUGCGCUCUGCUUCUCCGUGCCUCUUGCUCUUUCUUGCUUCCAGUGUGUUUUUUCGGUCUGUCGCCGUCCCAAGCCCCAUCCCAGGUGAGUCCUUGGGCCCAACAGUGCACCUGGGAGGCCAUGGGAGGUGUUGUGGCUGGGCGGCUCUGUCCUCCCUUGCUUGGGUGGAGGUUGGGGCUGAACCUGGGGCUGAGACCAGGAUGGUUCCACUAGUGUCCCCCAUACGCCCAGGGUUAAGGGGCUGGCCCCCAGGGUGUCAUUAGUGAAGUAGAGCCCCGUGGGAGGGAGGGCUUUGUUAUUAAGGACAGGCCCUAGUGAGGUUGCAGUGAAGUCACAGCUUUCUCCUUUCUUUAUUCUUUCUUUCUGGCCCAUGAAGUGGCCGGUUUGCUCUUCCGUACACUGCCCAUGGGAGGCAGAGCAACAGGUUUGCCCAAUCUGGGACUGGAACCCCCACCUCAAAAAAAAACCCUGUAAGCCCAAAUAAACCUCUUCCUGAUUACAAUCGGAUUAUUCAAGAUACGGGAUCACUGAGCUUCCUACACACAGCCACCAAAGCCUUCACCUGCCACACUCCAGACAUGUGGCUGCAGAGGACACGUGAUCCAGGCAAAGCCAGGGACAUGCAGGGGCACAGGCCAGAGGCGGGAGCCCAGGCAGGAGGGUGCGCGGUCCAAGCUGCUCCCCCAUCCCUUGAACCUCAGAGGGCCAGGGGCUGGCACAGCGUGGGCGUCGUGGGGACAGGGGCCCAGCCUCAGAAUUGGGCAUAGCCUCGCUCAGCCCGGCCUGCGCUUGGGGUUGCCCAAGCUCACAGAUGCCUUUCCUGUGUGGGCUCAGGCUGCCCUCUUGACCCACAGUGCUGGCUCAGUGCAUCCUCUUCAAGGCCCCACACUGUCCCGCCCCUGUGCCCUGGUGGAGGGGAGCCCCGGGGCACAGUGACGAGAUUCUCCCCCAGCUUUCUGUAGCACUCAACGCUUCCUUCCGUGUCGUGGGACCACAUAGCACCCUGUGCCUCUCGUGACUUCUGUCUCGCAUGACUGGACCCAGAGCUUGGAAGGAUGGACCCAAGAGAGAAGGGAUGAGGGUGGGAGCGAAGAUGCAGGGGCGGUGAGCACAGGAGACCAGGGGCACUGUCACAAGUAAAGUCUGCAUCCUCCGUGCUUCCCUGUGUGCUUGGGAUGUAGUGGGUGUUCACUGCGUUCUUUUUGAUUGCAUUUUUUUCUCUCUCCUUAUUCAUUUUGGAAUAAAUGGCUGGUAAAUAGAGGAUUGAGGAGUGUUAUAUCUUGCUGAGGACCAACUUGACCUGGUACAGAGCAGACAGUAAUUCAUAUUAAUAAAGUGGGACAAAAAUA